AUUACAUUAUAAUAUGAUAUAUGAUAUAAAAUGUUUAUCGUUGUAUCUGUUUAUCAUGUAAAAGAGUGUUUGAUUUACUGGUUCAUAUUAUAUCUUGCUCAGAGCAUAUAAAUUAAUCGGACAGCAUAUGUUUCUAUUAUCAUUGCUCCUGUUGUUCAGUGCACAAUGGUUAUUAUAAAAAAAAUACCGCGGUUUCAUGCAUCACAAAAGAAGUGAAACCUGAUUAGCUGGUGUAAUUCAGUGCUCUAGUUUCUACCAGGCAUGAGGAAACUAUUGUGCAGUAAAAUGACUGUGGAGAAGGAAGUAAAUAUUACCAGUAAAUGCCCCAUUCGUGGCAUUCGGCUGCUGGCCUUGAAAUGUUGUGCUUGUUCUUUCUGUUUUGCACGUUUGAGGUUUUUUGGAGUUUGUCGAGAGCUCAAGGUAAUGAUAUUAUCUUCUUAAAAACGACUUUUUAAUCCUGCUGGGCUGAAAAUUGAGUUUGUUUCUGUUGUCAUUGCGUUUGUAAUCCUGUAUGUUGAUGGUUAAACAAGGUUUUUCUCCCUCAGGUGUCAAGCAUUUAAUGCGUCAGUUGACAUACUGCCAUAUAGAGAUGAUGGACGCUGGUUUUGAGCUGGAUUUUGACAGUGAGGAGCUCUGGCACGUCGACCCGAUUAAUUACACAGCAAAGCAGCGUUUGCCGGAGUUCGCAGCCGAAUGGGCCCUCGACCGCAAUCUGCCUUCUCUAGCACAUUACUCCAUCGGCACCUGCUUCUACAAUAUUCCCCGUUGUGUCGCAGGAGAAAAAAAUCCUCCUGAAUCCAUUGUUCCUCCAUCCACACAGCUGUACGCCAAGAGCGACGUGAAGCUUGGUGUUAAAAACACCCUCAUCUGCUCAGUGACCAACUUCCACCCGCCGCCGGUGAAUAUCUCCUGGACGAGGAACGGCAAGCCGGUGAGCGAGCAGGACGUCAGCGAGACGCAGUAUUACUCCAACCCCGACUUCAGCUUUCGCGUCUUCUCCUACCUGACCUUCCGUCCUGAGCAAGGAGACAUUUACACCUGCACCGUUCGACACAGAGGACUUGAGCAGGACAUCACCAGGUUCUGGGAGGUGCAGGUGCCGGAAGACUCUCAGGAGGUUGAGAUGGCAGUGCUUGUGAUUGGAAUUCUGGUGGGAUUUUUGGGAUUUGUGGUGGGAAUCAUUAUUAUCGUAAUGAGCAAGAUGGAGCUGCGAGCUGCAUGAUCAUUCACAACAUCUGCCCCUUCUGUUCUACUGACACAAACACUGUAAAUCAUUUGUAUAUUCUAAUCUCAAAUUAAUAAAUGUAACUAUUUAUUUAAUAUAGUGUUU